AUGGGAAUCGUCGUGAGUAUAAUACUGAUGUGUUUGGUAUGGCAACGUUUUCAACAGACUCCAACGGUGACCACUAUAGAUACGACCAGUCACCCGAUAUGGGAACUGGCCUUCCCAUCCGUCACUAUUUGUAAUUUCAACAAGAUUUAUCUACCUAAAAUGAAAAAGUUGAGGCGAGAUUUCGAGAAUUUGGGUUUAAACGACACGGAAAUUGAAAAUUUUUUUCAAUCUCUUCCGAAAUUGAUUCGGCCCGAGUACAUAAGCGUCGACGUGGCUCCUGGUAUGGCGGCGUUGGCUGCUCUCGGACUUUCCAUCGAGGAUCUGAUGCACCUGCUCAUGCAGCCCUGCGACAAGUUGCUGGUCAGAUGUGCCUGGUUGGGGCACCUUUAUAACUGUUCCAAGAUGUUUCAGACGAUAAAAUCGAUCGAAGGUUUUUGCUGUGCCUUCAAUUAUCACGCCCUUUUCGCUGAUUUCAAGAUCACCGUCGCUGAGUUUUGCGACGAAAAAAUAUUUCAAAAUAAAUUUUACACGUACUUACAGUCGUCAGCAAAGUUGUCCACUAUUUGCCCGCGCAACAUCUUACGCACGCUAUUUUCGUCGAGAUUAUUGUUCAAUCGUAGUGAUUCCGACUCCGAUGUAUAUCCAUGUUACAGAAAGUCCGAAAGCACCAAAGCACCGGUAUCGCAAGAAAGUGAUUCCAUUCCGUUCGCCGACACUUCGGACUGGGCUCCGGGAGUCGACGAAAUUCAGAUGGUCGCCGGGUCUGGUAGAGACGUUGGAUUGUCGGUGGUCUUCGAUUUGGAAGGGCAUUUCUACGGGGGCGCGACGCGACCGUACAUCGGUGCUUCGGUAUUAAUUCACGACCCGGAAGAUUACCCGGAAAUAUCGCUUCUUUCGACCAUGGCGGAGCCGGGGAAGGAGGUCGACAUCGCCAUAACCGGCACCAUCAUCCAGAGCGUGGAAAACAUCCGGGCUCUCUCCAUCGAUCAAAGGCAAUGCUGGUUCGAUGGCGAGGCGAAAUUAGGAUCGACGGAGCAGUACAGUUAUCAGACGUGCGUCACCGAAUGCAGGAUUGAUCACAUUUUGAGCUUGUGCAACUGCGUGCCGUUUUACUAUCCAAACGUUUUCGCGAACGCUAGGACCUGCGACUUGACGGACGUCAAGUGUAUGCGAUUGUACAGACGAGUUCUGUCGAGCCUGCAAACGCCGAUAGAUAUGGAGGUUGAAAAUAAAACGGUGGACGAUGCGGAAUGCUACUGUCUACCGCAGUGCAGCGAUAAAUGGUACUCUCUGAGCUCGGAAACCGCCAAUAUAAAACGGAUCAAGUACGACGCUCCGAUGCUUGAAUAUUACAGCUACGGCUUGGAUAUUCGAAACCUCAGCCUGAUGAACGUUUAUUUCCGUGACAUCACGUGCCUCAAGUAUCGUAAGGACAUUCUGCUGACGUGGGAUGGACUGUUCGCAUCCUUUGGCGGAAUUUUCGGCUUGUGUUUGGGAGGAUCGAUUGUGAGUUUGGUGGAGCUGAUUUAUUAUUUUGCGGUGAAAAUAUUUCAUCGCAAAAAACGUGAAACGAAAAAUCAAAUUCGUACCACAAGGUCGCUGGUGAAGAAAUUGAAAAACCAGCCUCUGCCGAGGACAGAGGAGAUAUUGAAAGGGAGCCUCGAUGGUCUUGAUAUUUCCAAAGACAAUGGUAUAAAUUUUCAUCCCGACAACUACAUGCGGAAUAACGUUGCCACAUUGUCGUCACAAUUGAGACGUUUUAGAGCAGGUGCUGUAAUGAAAGAGAACGGAUUUUGACUGGAUUGCACGCCUUUAUUCCGAUUUGUUCCCAGUCGACAUAAUGUAUCGUUACGUUGAAAUAAUCGGCUUUCCAACAAUUGUACUGAAAUGUAAUUGGGGAAUA